AUGGUGGUCUUGUGCUGCCACUGCUGUCGCGCCACCGAGAAGGAGAGUGGGGAACCACCGCCCUACGCCCGCAUGGGCCAGCUCUUCUCACAGCUGUUUGGCUGCGUGGACUGGGCGCCCUCAGACCUCAUUGCAACCUUCCUGCUGGCCGGCGUGGCGCAGACCUGCAGGAGGAGAUCCAAGGUUGAACUGAUAGCAGCCGCCGGUGGUGUGCCUGAGAUGCCUGCACGGCACUCACCCAGCAGAGAUGCGGCCCAGAUGCUAAUACCUGCCAGCCGAGCGGCGUCGCUGCACAGCGCCAGCAGCGCUGACAUGAUGCUGGCAGAGGGCUGGCUAGACAUGGCGCCCUAUGAUGUCGAGGCUGGCAGCGGCAUCCAGCCCCUUGUCACCCCCAGUGGCAUGGGCAUUGAAAUGCGGCCGGAUUUGACAGCAAAGCAGGCGGCGGGCAUGCAGUGCUCUGCAAGGGAUGCAGUGUCUGACGAGGAUAUUGAGGAGGCUGCAUACUUCUCUAAAUAUGCAUUUGCUGCCUAUGGCUACAUGCUGUACAUUUGGAGCAAGCCCCAAUUUAAAGGCUGGUGCGAGCUGUGCUGUGGGCGAGGGUGCGGCUUCUGUUUCGGCCCCAUCCGGCGCUACCAGGAAGCCUUUGCUGCCGGGCGCUGGAUGCCCACCUUGAAGGUCGCCAAUUACAUGAACCAUGAAGCCAUCCUGCAGAUCACCAACAUCAAGGAGGAGGACAUUGUCUUUGUGCGCUUUGACACGGAUGUCAUCGCGCAGUCCUGCCUGCCCUACUUCAUCGCCCUUGACCACGCCACCAAAUCAGUCGUGAUCGCCAUCCGAGGCACGCUUAGCAUGGAAGACUUGAUUACGGACUUCAUGUGUGAGCCGGCCGAAAUGGACGACUGGCUGAGCACGGCCGCCACCUCGCACACUGGCCCCUUCUCAAGCGCGCACGAUCCCGGCGGCCUCGUCGGCAGCAGCCAGGGCACCGGCUUCUUCAGCCGCGGAGACACACCGCACGAUUGCUCUGAGCCCGCUUCAGCAAAGGAGAAUGGGGGCGGCGGCCGGGUGUUCUCCCACCUGCAUGCCAGCACCAGCAGCAGGUCAGAAGCACACAGCAGCAGUCCUCCCAGGCAGCAGAGAUUCUCACGCAACUCCUCUAAAGAGCGGCUGGAGACCGUGCGCAGCGGCAUCCCGGGCUUCCUGGAAGAGUCCAGGAAGCUACAAUCCAUGGGCCGCAGAAAGGUCCAGGAAGGGGGAGGAGACAAGGCGAGCAGUGCAGAGGACAAUGACAGCGCGGAUCCUGACGGACUGGGGGACAUCGACGCCACAUCCCCAAACCGAUCAUUCAGGGCUGCUCCACCCGAAGUACAGGUCAUCGACAGGCAUUCCCGCUCCAGCGCGCAUGCUGGGAUCCUCAGGGCGGCCAAGGGAGUGGUGGAGGAUUUGGUGAAGGAGGGUGUCCUCGCGGCUCUAAUGGAGGGGCGGCCGUUGCCGCCCAACAACAAGGUCACCCCCGACUGCAGGAACUGGUCGAUAGUGCUGACGGGGCACAGCCUGGGCGCCGGCGCGGCGGCUCUGGUGGCGCUCUACAUCCGCAGCUUCUACCCCAACUCGCGCUGCUGGGCAUUCGAGCCCCCCGGCGGCCUCGUGGACGGCGCGCUGGCCGAUGCAGCUGCCGAUUGUGUCACCAGCGUAGUCAUCGGCAAGGACUGGGUCCCCCGCCUCUCGCUCGCCUCCUUCGAGCGCCUGCGCGACGAGAUGGUGAUAGCGGGGCUGCGGUGCAAGAAGAGCAAGACGGAGUUUCUGCUGCGGUCGCUGAUGGGACACCGGUGGACGCGCGAGGAGCUGUUCACGAGCGAGGCCAGCGCGCGGCCCGAGGCCAACGCCAUCCUCUCCCACAUGUCCGCCAUGCUCCAGCACUCCAGUAGCGUUGGAGCCCGCUAUGAGAUUGCACGCAACUUCCGGCCACCCGGACGGCUGAUGUUCCUGCGGCCCGUGAAGACUGCCGCGCAGGAGAAGGCGUCGCGCAGGACCUAUGACACCGUCUGGAUCACCGCAGAGGAUCUGGUGGAGGAGGGUAUUCUGGUGUCGCCGCGCAUGAUGGCCGACCACAUGCCCGAUUACCUCACAGCCGUGCUGCGCCGUGUCGCGCAUGCGCGCGCCUCUUCCCGGCACGGCAGCCCCGUCUCCGAUGGCGAUCCCUCGCGCAGCACAGGUGCUCAGGGUAGCGCGCCAGAGCGGGAGGCCAGGAGCAAUGAGUGGUCCAAGGAAGGCGGCAGCCCUGUGGGCCCCACAGCCGGCCAAGAUAAAGCGGAGCAGCUCGACUGA